CGCGGUACGAAAAGCUAAUUACUAAUAAAAAACAUCACAAUUAGUUUUCUCGACUACCCUUACGUCUGCAUUAAGUUGAGCGGAGCCCUAUUCUAUCGUAUGCUGUGAAACGUCGAAAUCGCGAAAAAUGCAUUAGAGCGCCAAUGUUCCCUUGGAAAUCAAAUUCUAGUACGCUUAUGUUUACCCGAAAGCCAUGCGCAUCUAUGGAAAAAAUCAAAAUGAAUGGAGGUUCACAGAGACAGAGUGUAUGUGGCACGAUACAUUUAUUCCAUUCUGUACCUCUUCGUGUGUGAACUUACUGAUUCUCAUUGUUAUUUAAUAACUAAAACACAAUUCUAUUUCAUUUUAUAUAACCGAUUGUCGCAUACAUAAUAUACUGAAUACAUUGAUUAUUUCAACUCGCAUGUGUAUUCCUAUUCUUACACUAUAUGUGAAUAAGUAAACAAUUUUUAUCACCGAGAAUGCUGUCCUGCUGAUAAAAACGAUAUAUUUUAAAAUUAUUGCUUAAUUGUCUCAUACAAAUGCGAUAUCUGACCCUAAAAGAAUGUCUUCAAAAUUAGGGCGCUUACUGGUGGUGAACGUCAAACGAAUUUUCAAAAGGCAGUACCAUAAAAAUGAGUUUGUUCGCGUGGUAGAGGUGGGUCCAAGAGAUGGAUUGCAAAAUGAACCAGUGAAUGUACCUACAGAUGUAAAGGUCGAAUUUAUCAACAAGUUGAGUGGAACCGGUGUGCCAUCUGUAGAAGUUACCAGCUUUGUCAGUUCAAAAUGGGUACCACAAAUGGGGGACAAUUCAGAAGUAUAUGCAGGAAUAAAGAAACAAGCAAAUGUCAGUUACCCAGUAUUGAUUCCAAAUGUGCAGGGGCUUGAAUCAGCUUUAAAAUGUGGAGUAAAAGAAAUCGCAGUAUUCACCUCUGCUUCAGAGGGAUUUUCAAGAAAGAACACCAACUGUUCAAUACAGGAAAGUCUACGGAGAAUAGAAGCAGUUAUAAACGAAGCAAAAAAACACAACCUAAAAGUACGUGGAUAUGUGUCAUGCAUCGUAGGAUGUCCUUACGAUGGGGCUGUACAUCCAUCCUCUGUCACAAAAGUUACAGAAACAUUACUGUCACUUGGUUGCUAUGAAGUAUCCCUAGGAGACACAAUCGGUGUUGGAACGAAACAAUUAAUGAAAAAUCUAAUGAAGGACAUUCUGGACGUUACCGCAGCCGACAAACUCGCAAUUCACUGCCACGACACAUACGGACAAGCACUGGUCAACAUUUGCACUGCCAUGGAUUUCGGAAUAAGGGUUGUUGAUUCAGCUGUCGCAGGACUGGGAGGUUGCCCCUAUGCUAAAGGUGCUACAGGAAAUGUUGCUACAGAAGACUUGGUUUAUAUGUUGCAUGGUAUGGGCAUGGACACAGGCAUAGAUCUGAGAAAAUUGAUUGAAGCAGGAAGAUACAUAUGUCGACACAUCAAAAAACAACCUACAUCUAAAGUUAAUAAUGCUUUGUAUUCGGAAUAUGGCUUUGAUUAACUACUUAUUAAAUAUAUCUUUUAACAGUAUUGACGAUUUUCAAAA